GGCAAAUAGAGAGCUGGGGUUAGGAAGCAGUAGGCAGUUCUCACUUGUGAAGCUUAGAGAGCAAUGCUCAGUCCACUAACAAUUCCACACUUAAACCAUCAGGAAGAGGAAGGAUUGUUAUACAGUUGCCUCUCUUGGGAUGUUAGACGUGCACCCUCCUCCUCACAGGUAUGUCUGCACCAAGGACUAUUCAAAAGAUUAAAUUUUAGCACUGCUUUUUAACUGUAAGUGCUAUAUGGACACUGCAAUCUCCAUCUCUUUGGUUGUGUUGUGCACUUUGUUUCAAGGAUCAAGGAUUAUUUUUCAGUGAGCUGGACUUAUUCAUUUUGCGUAAAAAGAUUGUUGCUUUUCAUGUAAAUAUUAUGAAGAUGCAGUCUGUUCACAUAUCAUGGUGGGUGUGGAUGUUGCUGAGCAUUGUAAAGGUACAGUCACAGGCUCAGUCACAGGCUCAGUCUCCUAGUCAGGGGCAAGAUUCCUCUUCAAAUCCAUGGAGGCAAGUGAUCCAGUGGGAGAACAAUGGACGGAUGUUCAGUCUUCUCAACAGUGGAGCUGAGUACAUCCCUGCUCGGGGCCAGGAACAGGACAGAAGUCACAGAUUAGUUUUAGCAGACAGCCCUAACAGACGGUCCAGACCAAAUGGAGGGAAUGUUCGCAGACAAGCACCUUCCAGAGGUAACUCAGAAACUAUCAGAGGGCAGGCCAGACACCCCUUUGGAUUUGGUCAAUUGCCAGAAAAUUGGCGACAAGGUUCUGCUGGUACUGGAACAGGUGAAUCAAGUCGGUUUCAGUCAUCCCAAAGCGCACGUUACAGACCUUCCUCUGGAGCUUCUUCAUCUUCCUCCUCCUCCUCCUCAUCAUCUUCUUCCUUCAGUGUGCCAUCUUACUCACAGUACAAUUUCCAACAGCAACCCCCCUAUUAUGCCCCAUAUGAACCUUUUGAACCACCAUUCCAAGGAACUGGGUAUUCAGCAGACACUAGUGGAAGUUUCACAGGAGCAAGGUAUGGUUCUGCUGCUGGUGGUGGUGUUGGAGCUGGUGGUGGUGGUGGUUAUUCUGUUGGAAGUUAUGGAGGUGGUGUAUUUACAGGAGCAGGACUUGCACCUGUGGCUCCAAGGACAGAAAUUAGGGAUGACACUUACCGCUACUAUCCACCAUAUGGGCCACCAUUUCCUGCUGCUCCUGCCCAAGCGGCACAACCUGCACAACCUCCAUUCUCAGAUCCUUUGGACCGCCGGUACACACACAGCUUGUACAAUGAUGAAACAGCAGGUCGUCCUGAUCCAAGUAAUGGUGCAGAAUCAAUUUCAACAGGUGUAGGCCAACCUUCCCUGCAAAGCCCCCAGUAUGAGCAGUUUCCACCAUUUGGAAGGCCACAACCUAUACCUCCGUUCAUUCAGCAACCUGCACGUAACCCUCUCAACUCCAACUUUGCAGAGAACCCUUCCACCAAUGUCGGAAGUGUCUACCGACCUCAGCAAAGAGGAUUACCUGACCUGGUGCCUGACCCUAACUAUAUCCAGGCUUCUACGUACAUUCAACGAUCCCACAUGUACUCACUCCGCUGUGCUGCUGAAGAAAAGUGCCUCUCUAGUACAGCCUACAGCUCUGACAUCACAGACUAUGAUGUCAGGGUCUUGCUACGCUUCCCUCAGCGGGUUAAGAACCAGGGAACGGCUGAUUUCAUGCCCAACCGACCACGCCAUACCUGGGAGUGGCACAGCUGUCACCAACAUUACCACAGCAUGGACGAAUUCAGUCACUAUGACCUACUGGAGGUGAGCACAGGAAGGAAAGUAGCAGAAGGACACAAGGCCAGUUUCUGUCUGGAGGACACAACGUGUGACUUCGGCCAUCUUAAACGCUACGCCUGCACUUCUCAUACGCAGGGUCUCAGUCCCGGUUGCUAUGACACGUACAAUGCAGAUAUUGACUGCCAGUGGAUUGAUAUCACAGAUAUCAAGCCAGGAAACUACAUACUGAAGGUUCAGGUUAACCCCAAAUACUUUGUGCUUGAGUCGGACUUCACCAACAACAUUGUCAGGUGUAACAUCCACUACACAGGGCGCCUUGUCCGAACAACGAACUGCAAGAUCUCCCAGUCCUGAUCGCCAGAUUCAUCGAGUGCAAUGAUGAUAUUUGGGAGAGAAACUGUUCUGUUGAAAUGUGAAUGGAGUACUAAUUGUUGUUUAUGUGUUGUUAUGUGUUGUUCUGGUCCCAUAAGUUAAAUGGAAGCUGGGGGACAGUGUGUAAUUCUUAUAUACUCAAGAUACAUACUGACACCCCAAUUACACCACACAGUGGCGUACCAAAAUGGGGCUAUUUUACUUUUACCAUAUUACCAAACAUACUCUUUUCAACAUAGCAAUCUCACACCAGAACACACCAGCAUCCUUAAAGCCAGGUGGACACUGUACACGUUGAGUCAUUCAGAAUCAGGCCAAAUUUUAGCCUUGUUAGUGUCAAAAUCUCCAUAGACCGUAGAAUCUUCCAAAGACCAUAGGAUGUGCAUUCCUAGCUAUAAAUACAAUAAAUCAUAGGCUUUCAUGACACCCAACCAUGAUUCCUAGAACAUCUCAACAGCUCGUACAAUGUCAGCCUGGUUUUAGAUGUAAGAAUAGUUUUCAAUCAAAUAGAAACACUGGCUUAUUUGUUCCAUUUGUUUCUAAGAAUGGUUUUUAUUUAGCAAAACUAUUUCAUUAGAUUAAAAACUCCAGAUCAAAUAGAGACAGGUGCUAAAACGCAAACAACUGAGCACUGUAAAGGUGCUAGUAAACUAUAAAUCACUACUUCAGAUCAGGAAAAGUCCCUGAAACCCUUAAUUUCAGUGUCAGGAGAAGAGGAUAUAUAGACCCAUACAACUGGAAGCAAUCAUGCUGUUGAAAAGUUCUUUUUUUUCCCCCUCUCACUGAAAUGAAGGUGAAAUAAUGAAAUGUGGUUGAAAGGGACGCCAGAGAAUUUUGCAUGCAUGAAUCAUGUACUAUCAUAGCCAGUUUGUUCAGGAAAUUCACUUUUUCUUGACUGAGGGAUCCUUGAACAGUUUCUCAUGCUUAAAACACCUGAGGGGAUUAGACAGUUUUUGAAUGAAAGCCUUAUAUCUGAGUGCUGGUUGAAAGGUUUAUAUUCCCCUGUUAACUGCUUCCUUUAUAAAAUUGGUUUGUUCUUAUCGUGAUGGUUUACAGAUAAUGUAUAAUUUAGCAAUUGAGUAGUCACCUCUUAGAAGAAAGCAUGCGGUUGAUGAAUGACAAAUGCUUGCAUGGAUCUGAUAAAUUGGCAGCUUUUUUGCUCGGUGAUUCUUGUAGAUCACAAUUUUAUUUUGUGUCUAUUACCUUUUAAGAUCUACUUGAAUCAUGUGAGCAGUUAUGGGUUGUAUAUCGUAUAUUGUUUUCUAAAGCUACCAACACUGGUCCGAUGCAAUAGGUCAUCAUAAUCUUUACAUGUGACUGUUACUCCACUAUUAUGCAGCGUUAGCUCAAAAAGAUAGGAAACUUCAUUAUUUUUCUCUGAUUUUUUUUUUUUUUUAAAGUCUCAAGUACUGUUUUAGAACAUUCAUUGCUGUAAUUGCUAGAUUGUAGGCAUUUCUUCCUUAAUUAUCACAUCUGAAUCCUACCUUCAUUAAAUAGCUGUGCUGCAGCAGAAUGUAACUAAGAUGAUACUACUGUUGCAAAGCUAACAUCGCAAAGCUUGAUAUUGCUUACAAGCUCAAUGCCAUCUCAACCUACCUCUGAGAUAGAGUUAGCUAUUUUUUUCCAGUUAAAUAUGUGCAGGGGAAGGGGAAGAUAAUGUUGAUUACAUGUAUUACCUGCAUUUCUACUAAUUGGUACCAAAUUUAUAACACAAUGUGGAGAUUUGCACAUUUCUUUCAAGUUUGUUUGUUGUUUUCUUUUCUUCUGAACAUUUGUUUUUAGGCCGUAUUUUGGAUCUUCAAAUAAAGACGAAAGAGUAAUACAACCA